AUGUAUACUGCAUUAUAUAUUGUCCUGCUAUUGCCUUCGAUAUUCAUUGGAACGAAUGCUCAUGUUCUGAAUCCUUGGAGGGGAAUUGUUGGAGGAGUCACUGCAAGAGCGGGUGAAUUCCCGUACUUCGCCUCGUUGAGAGAUGAAUAUGGACACUUCUGUGGUGGCACCAUAAUCAGCCCUAUACAUGUACUCACUGCUGGUCAUUGUUUAUCCAAACCGGGAUCUCGUUUCUACGUUGCAAGUGGAUUAACUUGGAGAGACGAUUCUAAUGCUAUUAUCAGUGAAGUGAGGUCGUUUCAACUUCACCCCGAUUUUGUAGCAUAUACACCUGGUCGGGGGCUCAAGAAUGACGUUGCGGUUAUUACAUUGAAGAACAAACUCAAUCUUGAUGGGAUUCGAUUGAAAGCGCUGAAAUUGCCAACUGAAGAUUACGUUGACGGAUCAAUUGGUACGGCCAUUGGCUUGGGAAAAAUAAAUUCAGUCUGGGAUAAAGAUUACACCAAACUUCCGAAUCAACUUCAAAGAUUGGAUUUGGUAAUCAAGGAUGAAAUCUGCCAGAAAUUCGUGACUCAGCCAUGGAGAGACAUAUUGUGCGGAGUGAAUCCAAGAGCAACGAUAUGUGGGGGUGAUAGUGGAAGUCCCCUAAUCAUUAACGAUGUUAUCGUUGGGAUUGCAUCAGCUUCUGAUUGCGAGGUUGGAGCAGAAGCCUUGUACGUCAAUGUGUUCCAUUAUAAAAAAUUUAUUGAGAAAGUCAUGAAGAGUAGUUACUUUAAUUAA